AGUAAUCUGUUCUUCAUCUUUGUCAACCCCUCAUUAAAGUUUGUACCUGCGUUAGAAUAAUUGGCAUACGCCUUGCAGGUGAUACAGGAGGGACUUUGCUCAUCAAGACCUUUGGUAAACUAGAAACACUCAUUGAUAAGAACGCUCUUCUUACAUUGAACCACUUCAUUCGGAGACAGGAGCUUAGUGUGCGGACCUGCGCAUCCACUUGUUGAGUGUACAACAGUUCACCGUCGCUCUAUUUAAAGAGACAACAACAACAUGGCACACGGGCUGGUCAGACGGGAGUCUGUGGAAACCGAGAUGCACAAGUCCGAAACCAAGAGAAAAACCUUUGUUUACACUAAGAAGAGAGGCUACGAUGUGACCCGGAACCCCCACCUGAACAAGGGCAUGGCUUUCACUCUGGAGGAGCGUCUCCAGCUGGGGACCCACGGCCUUCUACCUCCCUGCUUCAUCAGCCAGGAUGUCCAGCAGCUCCGGGCACUCAAAAACUACGAAAUGCAGAAAGACGAGCUGGAUAGAUAUGUGUUUCUGAUGGGGCUCCAGGACCGAAACGAGAAGCUCUUCUACCGGUUGCUGACGUCAGACAUCGAAAGGUUCAUGCCCAUCAUUUACACUCCCACUGUGGGCCUGGCCUGCCAGCAGUAUGGACUCAUAUUUAGAAGACCAAGGGGGCUGUUCAUCACUAUUCAUGACCGAGGCCACAUCUCUACUCUGCUGCAGAACUGGCCAGAAAAAGACAUCAGGGCGGUGUGUGUGACAGACGGAGAGAGGAUCCUCGGGCUUGGAGACUUGGGCUGCUAUGGUAUGGGUAUCCCAGUGGGCAAGCUGGCCCUGUACACAGCCUGUGGAGGUGUGCCACCGCAGCAGUGCCUGCCUGUCAUGCUGGAUGUGGGAACAGACAAUGAGGCGCUGCUGAAGGACCCUCUCUACAUUGGGCUGAGACACAAGAGAGUGCGGGGCCAGGCCUAUGAUGACCUGCUGGAUGAAUUUAUGAAGGCUGUGUCUGACAGGUAUGGAAUGGACUGUCUGAUCCAGUUUGAGGACUUUGCAAAUGUUAAUGCUUUCCGUCUGCUGAGCAAGUACCGCAACAAGUACUGCACAUUCAACGAUGAUAUCCAAGGUACCGCUGCUGUAGCUGUAGCUGGACUGCUUGCUGCUCUCCGUAUCACCAACAGCAAAAUGUGUGACCACACCAUUGUCUUCCAAGGUGCAGGAGAGGCAGCAAUGGGGAUUGCUGAGCUGAUCAGCAUGGCCAUGGAGAAAGAGGGACUCGCUAAGGAAGAGUGUCUGAAGAAGAUCUGGAUGGUUGAUUCCAAAGGCCUCAUUGUCAAGGGUCGAGACCACCUGACUCAUGAGAAGGAGAGGUUUGCUCAUGAGCACCCACAGAUGAACAAUCUGGAGGAUGUGGUUCGGGAACUGAAACCCACAGCUAUCAUUGGUGUGGCAGCUGUUGCUGGAGCGUUCACUGAACAGAUCAUCAGAGACAUGGCUUCCUUCAAUGAACAACCAAUCAUCUUCGCCCUCAGCAACCCAACCAGCAAAGCAGAAUGCACUGCUGAGCAGUGUUACACACUCACAGAGGGACGGGGAAUUUUUGCCAGUGGCAGCCCGUUUGACCCCGUCACUCUGCCUGAUGGGAGGACACUCUACCCAGGCCAGGGAAACAACGCCUACAUCUUCCCUGGUGUGGGCCUGGGUGUCAUCGCCUGCGCCAUCCGACAUAUCUCAGAGGAAAUCUUCCUCACUGCAGCAGAGGCUCUUGCUAACCUGGUGACAGAGAAGGACCUUGUAGAGGGGAGACUGUAUCCUCCUCUCAGUUCUAUCGGGGACGUCUCUCGCAAACUGGCUGUCAAGAUAGUGGAGUAUGCAUACGAGCACAACAUGGCAGCUCUUCGCCCUGAGCCAUCCGACAAAGAAGCUUACGUGAACUCUCUCACCUACAGCACUGACUACGAUGAGUUUGCUGUUGACUCGUACUGCUGGCCAGAGGCCAGUAUGAAGGUGCAAUCCUGCAAACUUUAAAACACUUUACAGAGGGGCAGAAUAUUGGGACAGGGGGGAUACUUAACUACUGACCUGCAAUAUCAUCAUAAAAUAUGGCGUUGGGAUAUAAAAGAGGCUGUGUGUAGAAUUUUCUCAUUGAUAUAUUACUGUGAAAUUGAUGGUGACAACACAUGUAGAAGUUGUAGACUUGAUGUCUUUGAAUGCUCUCCAGUAGUGAAAAGAUUAGUAGUUAAAAAUAAGCUUAAGAAAAACUAUGAAGGAAAAUUCUAAGAUGUUAGAUAUUGCACUAAAGGUAGCAUCUCAUUACAUUUUACUAUAAUAUAUAUUGGGAAAGUCCUUCACAGGUUACUUUUGAUUGUACUGUAAUAGGCAGUUAUUUUAUGACUGUGUCAGCUUUAUUCCAGAAACUCUUUGUUAAAUUAAAAAAGUUAUGAAUGUU